AUGAAUAAAAUUGUAUUGCCAACUGCAACAUCUGGAAUAGCAGCAUCAAAUCUUCCUUCAGGGAGAACAGCUCAUUCAAGAUUUAAAAUAACUGUUGAUCAUGAGAACUCUUUCACAUGUGAUGUGCCAAAACAAGGUAGUUUAGUACAGUUAAUAAAAGAGACGACUUUGAUUAUUUGGGAUGAACCUUCUAUGGCAAAUUUACAGGCCCUAGAUUUGCUGCUACAGGAUAUAUGUGAAAAUACAACACUUUUUGGUGGUAAGCUCGUUAUUCUUUGCGGAGAUUUUAGACAGGUUAUACCAGUUGUACCUCAUAAGUCCUUAAGACAGGUUGUUGAAGCAAGCAUAGUGACUUCAUAUAUCUGGACAUUUCUGAAAAGAUUCAAACUAACAGAAAACCAGCGAGCUCGUGUAGAUCCUGCAUUCUGUUCAUUUUUGUUAUCUUUUGGCAAUGGUGAAUUACAAACAAAUGAAUGUGAUUAUAUAAAACUUCCUGAUGGAAUGGUUCGACACUUGAUCAUGGAAAGAGAUCCUAUUUUGGAGAUUAUAAAUGCAACAUUUCCAGAAGUUGAGAAAGGAACAAUAACGUCAGAUAUCUUUGCAAAUAGGGCUAUUUUAACUCCGAUGAAUGAUGAUGUGGAUUUGGUGAAUUCAGUUUUAAUUGAUCAGCUCCCAGGAAAAACAGUGACUUAUAAAAGUUUUGAUGUAAUGCUCAAUGACACAUGCAACAUUUAUGCGAUAGAGUUUAUAAAUAAACUUUGUCCAGGAGGAAUGAGUCCCCAUGAGCUCGUCCUGAAGAAGGAUUGUCCAGUAAUUUUGUUACGCAACAUAAUGCCUUCUGAUGGACUCUGUAAUGGUACAAGACUGAUUUGUGAGACUUUUCUACCCAACAUUAUUGUCUGUGAAAUUUCUGUUGGACAAUACAAGGGUACGACUAUUUUUGUGCAUCGGGCAAAUCUACGCCCUCCAGCAAAUAACAGCUAUCCCUUUGCUUUUGAAAGGAAACAAUUUCCAAUUAAAUUAUGUUUUGCCAUGACAAUUAAUAAAUCACAAGGGCAGACAUUGAAUCAAGUAUCAAUAUAUCUUCCUCGGCCGUGUUUUUCUCAUGGUCAGUUGUAUGUGGCUCUAUCUCGGGCUAAAAAGGCUAAAGAUGUUGUGGUAUAUACCACCAAACCACAUGAAGGGUAUCACUUGAAUUCAGUUAGAAAUGUAGUAUCUUAUGAUAUUUUGAAGUAUUCGUAA